AUGCAGCGCCAGGAGCACAUUAUUCGGCACCAUGUCAACAACCUCUUCAGCUGCUUUGAAGAACACUGUGCCAAGGGACGACCCCUUGACCUGGCCAAAUGGUUCAACUAUUUCUCGUUUGACAUCAUUGGCGAUCUCAGCUUUGGCGAGUCCUUUGGGAACCUGGAGCGGGGGGACUUCCACCCGUGGAUUGCGACGAUCUUAGAGUUCUUCGUUGCGCAGCAUGAUAUGGCGCAUUUUCGGCGGGCAUAUCCGUUCUUGGAGGCGAUGGUGGGCCCUCUUGUUAAGGUCCUUGCUGCGAAGAUCAUCCUGAAGCAUAACACGUUCAUGCGUACCCAGGUCGCGAAACGUUUGGCUUUGGAGCCUACUCGGCCGGACUUCAUUGAUGGUAUGAAAUUUGACCAUUCUAAGGGAAAAGAAGGUCUUUCUUUUGAAGCAAUCUGUCAUAACGCGAGCAUCUUCGUCGUGGCUGGAUCCGAAACAACUGCACUCGCACUUACCGGGGCGACUUACCUACUCUGUACCCAUCCGGAGGUGCUCAACAAGCUCAAAGAAGAGAUUGACUCAUCUUUCGAUAGUGAACAACAGAUCACUCUUCUCAGCGCGCAGCGACUCAAGUAUCUUACAGCCGUCAUAGAUGAGACCCUGCGUAUUUACCCAGCCGCUGUAGGCUCCGUGCCGCGACUGAUCCAACGCCAUGGCGAGGUAGUCGGCGGACACUUCCUUCCAGGAGGCACAUGCGUGGAUAUAUGGCAUUGGGCAAUGUAUCAUAACCCAGCUAACUUCACCGAGCCAGAGGUUUUUGCUCCCCAACGAUGGCUUGGAGACCCUCGCUUUGAAGGCGAUAAGAAAGUGGCAUUCCAGCCUUUCUCAACGGGAAAACGCAGUUGCAUUGGUCAGAAUCUUGCGCAUUCCGAGAUAAAGCAGAUCAUGGCCCGGCUGCUGUGGAAGUACAAUAUUGAGCUCGUAGAUCGCGAGUGGUACGACAAGCCAUGGCAUGAUCAACCCGUGCGCGCUUCUUACGUGCACCCGCCGUUGAAUGUUAGAUUUAAUCUUAGGACAGAACAGUUGGAAUAG